UUCCCAGCAUUCCUCGCCAUGGAGGGGCGGGGCCAGGCUGGGGGCGGGCGGAAGCGGCGAAGGCGGAAGCAACAGAGCCAGCACGACCCUACCGUGCGCCCGGUCUUGGCAGCACUAUGCAGCCAGGUACGGAGAGGACUCGGAUACGGCCCAAGAAGCCAGACAAGGCCCUGUAUGUCCCCAGAGCUCUACGCGAGACGGCCGGCUCAAAAACUAGCACCUCAUUGGCCACCAGACACGUGAGGGAGGGGAGCCCCUCCUACUUCUCAGGGAACGAGAUCACCAAAGGAUGUGAGGGAAGGCUGAGUCCCAGAGCUGGGAGAGGCCUGUUUCACGAGGACCGGGAUGGAGUGGAUGUGCCCAGAGAACCAAGAGGAACCUCAUCCCAAGGCAGGAGCUAUAGCAAUGCCUUCUGCACAAGGCCAAAGCCUCAGAAAAAGUCUCGGCAGAAGGCUGAGUCACACAGACUGCCCGCUUCCUCCAGCUUCCUAGCCACAACUCCCUCUGCACUGCCCAACCGUCACGCAGAGGCGCCUCCAGAGUCCUGCACUGCCCUCUCUCAUACUAAUCUAUUGUGGAGGAUGGCCGAGCUCCAGCUUCAGCCAAGGCAUAGCGAGGUAGACUGCUCUUGGGAGCAGCAGCAUGUGUUUCCGUCAGCAGAGCAGGACGCUUUCUCUUUGCAAAGGACUCCCCGCACUGGCGUGAGCAAGCAGGCAGGAACACUCCUCACAGACCAGGUAGGGCUGAGUGAAGGGAGUGUGCAGACAUCCAGCAGUGAGAGGCUCUCGGAUGAGGGAGAGGUGGGUGACGGUGGCCUGUUGGCCAGCAGGGAAAGCACAAUGGCACCCACAAGCCAAGGUUACUCAGAACCAGCUGGAGUAAGUGAGGGCAAUGCGUCUGAAAGUUCAGCUGAGGGGAUUCCAGGUGGCCCAGGGGCACACGAGGAUUGCCUCUUGGCAUGUGCAGGCGAGGGAGUGUCUGAUCCAACAGAUGCAGGCAAGGGAAACAUGUUGGUUUGCCCUGAGACAGUUGAGCCUGGUAGGUGUGAAGGCACCGAUAAGAGCAACUCCAAUCAGACAGAGAUGAGUGACAGUAGCAUGUUGGACUAUGCGGCCAAUAAAGUUCCAGAUCAGACAGAACCAAAGGAAGGCAGUGGCGUCAAAGACACAAAUGGGAGUGUCGCUGCUCAGGCAGAAGCCAAUGAGCAGAGCACACUAGAGCAUGGCGAGGAGAAUGAGAGUAUCCUGUCCAGUUAUGCAGUUGAACACAUGUCUGAUCAGAUUGGAGUGAGCUUUGAUAACGUGUCUGGAAACAGGGAUGAGAUCCCUUUAAUUGAGGCAGGUGGUUCAGGGGUGGCUGCAGGCUGUAACUGUUCAGAUAGUGACUAUGGGACAUGGGAUUGUCACCCCAAUUGUGUCUUGGAGGAUGAAGUGGGGCAAGGGUGUGGCAGGGAACACGAGGAGGGAGGCAGCAUUUCCCAUCACACCUGUCAGUGCAAAGGCGAUGUCUCUGGGGCUGAGGUUGCACCGGCAACAGGAGAAGCCACGUUGGUAAUGGGAGAGCAAAUUGCUGAAGGAAGGGAAGCUGCUGGCCAGUUACUGGGAUGUGCCUCAAAGAAGGUGGCGUGCAGUGCAGAGCGAGUCAUGGAGGGAGCAAGAGCUCUCUCAGGGGAUGCCUCAGUGCACAAGCCAAGCCAUGGGGAUGUGGGCAUGAGGUGGUGGCAUCCGCCUGAAGCCAAGGCAGGCGAAGAAGCUGGAUGGAGUGAGGAGCCUGCUGGAACCAGCACUGAUCCGACAACCAGCAAUGAGGAUGACGGUGUGGCAGAUGAGAGCUGGGAUGCUCUGUUUAAUGACGAUGGUGACUGUCUGGAUCCGCAUUUACUGGCGGGGCUUUCUCCCCACAGACCACACCCUGCGGGGCUACAGAAACCACGCUUUGACUACUACAACUACACCCCGGCUGACUUGAACUUGAGUGACUCUGAGCUGCCGCACAUCAUUGAGAUCUACGACUUCCCAGCGGAGUUUCGCACCGAGGACCUGCUGCACGUCUUCUGCAGCUACCAGAAGAAAGGCUUUGACAUUAAAUGGGUGGAUGACACACAUGCCCUGGGGAUCUUCUCCAGCCCCAUCACAGCCCGAGAUGCUCUCAGCACCAAGCACCUGAUGGUGAAAACCCGUCCACUGUCCCAGGCCACGCGAGCUGCAAAGACCAAGGCCCGAGCCUUUUCUGAAUUCCUGCAGCCAGCCAAAGAGCGCCCCGAGACCUCAGCUGUUCUGGCCAGGAGACUGGUGACAGGCGCCCUGGGUGUGCGGAGCAACCAAAGCAAGGCCGAACGGGAAGCCGAACGCAGGCAGCUACAAGCAGCCCGAGAGCGGAAGCGCUUGGAGAUGAAACAACGAGAAGAUGCCUGGGAAGGACGUGAGUGAGGCCGCGCCAUCUCAAGGAGGAAGGGGAGAGAUGCCUUGAGACCUCACCUGAGCAGGACUGGGGCUUGGACGCAGGCGGGCAGGUUGUGCUCGGCAUCCUUUGGGAAAGUUCUGCCGCUGCCUUUGGGCUGAGCAGCAAGAACAUGGGCAUUCCUGAGCGGCAGAAAUGUGCUCAAAUAAGCCCCAGCAAGCCUUACCCUGGGAUGCACCUGAGACCCUGAAACAGUGGAGCUGGAGUUGGCAGUGCCUCUGCAAGAGCCGCCACUGGGCACCCGGCCCAAAGACUGGGCACUGUUCCACAUGUUGUGCCAUGGAAACAUAACCCUCAAUAUCCAAAUGACGUUGGCUCGGCCCUCCUUGGAUGCGGUGCCUUCCUCCACUGUGGGCAGCAGGCAGACCACUGAGCCGUGUGGUGCCCUUGGGUUCUGUGGGACUGGACUGAGCUGUGGCAGCUUUUACAAUGGGCCCUCUAGGAUGAUCAAGUGCCCACCACUGAAUUUCUUAUUAAAGGCUUUUUUAUUAAAAA